CGCCCCCUAGAGGCGGGUCUCAGGCGCCGAUUGGCUGGCAUACACAUGCGCUAGCGGUGGUUAGGCGGCUUGGGAGGCGGUGGCUUAGCUCCUCCGCGUCCCUACAGCGGCUGGGCGAUGGCGGUCUCGGCCCUGCGAGAGGAGUUGGACUCGAUGUACCUGCAGCUGCUCAGCGACCUGGAGGAACUGGAGGCGAAGCGGGCGGCGUUGAACGCCCGGGUGGAGGAGGGAUGGUUCUCGCUUGCCAAGGCUCGCUAUGCCAUGGGCGCCAAGUCCGUAGGGCCCCUGCAGUAUGCCUCGUGUAUGGAGCCUCAGAUCUGCGUGCGCGCCAGCGAGGCCCAGGAUGGACCCCAGACCUUCAGGGUGAUCAAAGCUGAUGCCCAGACCCCCGAGGAAGUGGGACCCAGCGAGGCAUCUCUGCGCAGACGCAAGGGCCCUACCAAGACCCAAGUGUCAGGGACCUCUGUGGUCCCUCAAGAUCCCUUGAACUGGUUUGGAAUCUUGGUUCCUCACAGUCUUCGGCAGGCCCAGGCCAGCUUCCGGGAUGGCCUUCAGCUGGCUGCAGAUAUAGCCAACCUCCAGACUCGAAUCAACUGGGGUCAGGGUCAGGUCCGGGGCCUCCAGAAAAAACUGAAGGAGUUGGACCCUGGGCCUGCCUGAUCUGAACCUACUGUCAAAGGCAUUAAGCAUAGCGAUCUUGGGUGUCACUGCCCUACUCAGGCCAUCUUUCAUAAUAGCCCCUGUCUCAGCUACUGCCCCUCCUAGAAAUGUCCUUAGUCCGUAUUGUUUCCAGCCUUGUGAAUUAGGAAGUUGAGUUAGGAAGUUUGUGAGGCAAGCUGAGCAGUGUUGAAAGCAGCUUGUCUGAAACCUCUUCUAGGUGCACGUUCUCAUAGGGCCUCCCUCCUUGUGGGCAAGUCAGUGAACAAAUGAGGAACCUUGGCAGAGCCAACAUGCAUGGUGCAGGGAAGAAAAGGAGUCUGCAGACCUAGGCCAGAUCAGGACAGUUCCAGUCAGUAAAAAUACCUCUGCCUGGGCAUGUAGUGCAUGCUUAUAGUCCCAGCAACUCUAGAGGCUGAGGCAGGAGGAUCACUUAAGCCCUGGAGUUAGAGACCCUUUAAAAUUAUGUAAGACCCCCCCCCACACACACACACACACCAGAGCAGACUGUCAGGUAGGAGGGGGUAUUCUAUUAUAAAAGGAAAAAAACACUUUGACAUUCUCUCAAGGAACUUGAAGGGACCUUCCCACUUUUGUUUCUAGAAGUGUAGUCCAGCCUCUUUGCUUCCUGAACUUGUAUUCCUGUGUCUGGGAACUGUGUCCUGCUGCACUUUUCUACUGAGCUAACUUGAACAGUGUCUGGAGACUUGUGUUUGAGGAGGGGAUGUAACCAUUUAUAGGGUGUAAAUAUUUCUUCCUGAUUUAAUUUUCCUUAUAUUGGUUUUUCUACUUCUUAAUUGUAAAAAUAUGUAACACUGUACAGAAAAAUGGAAUAAAGUGAAAGCUAGGGUAACUGUCA